UGCCGCAGUCUCACAAGCGCUCCCUUCAACAUGUUCUCCCCGUCCCAACAUCGACUAGACUGUGCCGCCAAGCAAGAGGAACGGCAGAGGUCAUUGAAUGAGUUACCACCGUCGUUCUUCGAGGCCUGCACGGAGACCGACAAUAAGGUGCUCGACUUGCCUCUAAGUGAACUAGUCCAACGCCAUAACGCGGGUUCACUGUCAACUGCGAGCAUUUUGAAUGCCUAUGGAAAGAAAGUGGUUUCAGCGCAGAAGGCCACCAAUUGCUUGGCGGGGAUCAUGAUUCAAGAAGCUCUGAUCCAGAAAGUUCCAGUUUCUCCAACAGAGACAGACCAUACAGUCAUUCCCGAACAACGCCUUACACCUCUCUCUGGUGUCCCCGUCAGCAUCAAAGACUGUAUCGAUAUUGAAGGCUACGACACCACCGUAGGCUAUUCUUCUAAAGUCAAUCAUCCCGCUUCGUCGUCCGCGGCAAUAGUCCGGCUUCUUCAUGAUGCAGGUGCGAUCACUCACGUGAAGACUACCGUACCUCCCGGUCUUCUCGGACUCGAGACAUCAUCAGAUCUUUUUGGGCGAACAAGUAAUCCGUAUAACGAGAAGUACGUCAGCGGUGCUUCGACUGGUGGUGGGGGCGCACUUCUGGCAUGCAGAGGGAGUGUUAUCGAGAUUGGUACAGAUCUUGGCGGCAGCAUAAGGAUGCCCGCGCAUUUUUGCGGAGUCUACGGUAUGAAGUCUUCAGCAGGACGCUUUCCAGGGUGGGGAACGCUGCCUCCUGUCCCUGGACUAGAAUCGGUGGCUACUACGUGCGCUCCGAUGUCUCGAAGACUGGAUGACCUUGAAGAAUUUUGGAAGCGUGUUAUGGAGAUGCGGCCAUGGGAGUAUGACCAUACGUGUGUUCCAUUACCUUGGCGAUCCAUAAAUCUUCAAGAUACAAAGCUGAAGUUCGGAGUCGUUUGGAAGGAUGGCGUUAUUCCUCCCUCUCCCGCUUGCCAUCGUGCUUUGGAAUGGGUCUGUGAUGCUUUGGAGAAGCAAGGUCAUGAAGUAGUUGAUUUUUCACCCCCCAGCAUAGCAGAAGGUCUGAACAUCGGAUUCCAAUUAUGCUUUGGAGAUGGAGGGGCUGGUUUCUUUGAUCCUGUGCGUAAGGACGAGAAACUUGACCCCGUGAUGGUCGCUCUCAGGUCUUUGUUGGGGAUGCCCCUUUGGAUUAAGAAGAUCAUGGCAAUGAUAACGCGUAAAUUUACUGGUGAUGAGUUCGGGGCAUCGAUGCUCGAGACGGUUCACCUCAAAUCACCAGCUGAGGAACGCGCGCUUGUCGUCUCCCGAGAUGAGUACAGAGCAAAAUGGCAUAGAGCAUGGGAAGAUGAAGGGUUCGACUUUUUGCUAACGGUUCCACACUCGUUGCCCGCCAUCCCUGCUGGAACCGCAGAGAAGGCGACCCUAGUGUCUGCUGGCUACAUGACGAUUUUCAACAUCCUGGACUAUGUUGCCGGUGUUCUCCCAGUAUCUUUUGUUGACCGCCAGUCGGACGCGCUACCAAAGGAUUUUAUGACGAGUGCCGAAUACAAGAACAUGGGCAUGAUCUCCAAGGGAGCAUACUCUGUGUAUGAUGCGGAUGCGAUGCAUGGACUGCCCGUUGGCGUGCAAGUCGUCGGGAGGCGUUUUGAGGAAGAGAAGGUCUUGCAGGGCAUGAAGAUCGUUGAAGAUGCUCUCGAGGGAUGCGGUCGCAAAUUCGUUCCCCGUGAAUUUUAGGGUGACUUUGUACAUGGAUUUUAAUUCGUCAUUUAUGUGAUAAACUAUCGUUGUGUAUUGACCGUAUAUCAUGUACUUGUAGUCGCACUGCUACACCUUCUAAUGAUGACAUUACUACGAAGGGC